CUCUUUGUUUUAAACUCCGGACGGGUUUUUUUCUCCUCCUCUUGGGGGGGACCCGGAGGGAGCGGCGCCCCCUCCCCCGCCCCCGGUGUGGCCCCCGCGUGCGCCCCGCUCAUUCGCGGCCCGGAGAUCACAGAACUGAACGAUACCAGAGCCACGAUGACAGAAAAGAACACCCACGAGUGACUUAACAUAUGAGGACAGAGGACUGAGGCUUUCAAAAUGUAGUACGAGAUUCCAGGCUGCCACUUACAGCAACUACAGUACACCUGUCCAGUUGUCUCCAGAGCCCCCAGCAGCCGGCUCCACCACUGCCAGGAAGUGGGUGUUGGUCUGUGCAGGCAGAAAAUGGGAAAAACGCCAGGGGCCGAAGGAAGGAGCAGACGUGCAGAACCCGGGUACAGAGUGAAGCAGCUAACAAGAAACAGUUACGUUGAAACCGUCGCCUAAAGCGAUCCAUGCGAAGGCAGAGAGGAGGAGAAGCCGACAUCUAGAGGAGAAGCCAAAGAUGUUGACCAGAAAGAUUAAACUGUGGGACAUAAAUGCCCACAUCACGUGCCGCCUGUGUAGUGGCUAUCUCAUCGACGCGACCACAGUCACCGAGUGCCUGCACACCUUCUGCAGGAGCUGCCUGGUGAAGUAUCUGGAAGAAAAUAACACUUGUCCUACGUGUAGAAUUGUCAUCCACCAGAGCCACCCUCUGCAGUACAUUGGCCAUGACAGAACCAUGCAAGAUAUUGUUUACAAACUGGUACCAGGCCUCCAGGAAGCGGAGAUGAGAAAACAGAGGGAAUUCUACCACAAACUGGGCAUGGAGGUACCUGGAGACAUCAAAGGGGAGACUUGUUCUGCCAAACAACACCUAGAUUCCCAUCGGAAUGGUGAAACCAAAACAGAGGACAGUUCCAACAAAGAGACAGCGGAAGAGAAGCAGGAAGAGGAUAAUGAUUAUCACAGAAGUGAUGAGCAGGUAAGCAUCUGUCUGGAAUGCAAUAGCAGCAAACUCCGGGGGUUAAAACGGAAAUGGAUCCGCUGCUCGGCCCAGGCAACAGUCUUACACCUAAAGAAGUUCAUCGCCAAAAAACUUAAUCUCUCGUCUUUCAACGAGCUGGACAUAUUAUGCAAUGAAGAAAUCCUGGGCAAGGACCACACACUCAAAUUUGUAGUCGUCACUAGGUGGAGAUUCAAGAAAGCUCCUCUACUGCUGCACUACAGACCCAAGAUGGACCUGCUGUGAGCGGGGCUCAGCGGGCCUCGGCCGCGCGGCACAGACUCGGCCCGCGUGGCUGGGCGGGGCCGCGCACGGCCACCGCACUUCAGACGGAACGUCUGUCGCCUCCGGAUGUCGCGGGGACCACAUUUCUGAAUAGAGAAUAUUUAUAACUUUUUGUAUGAGAGAAUUCACAACUCAACAAGACACUACCAGCACCGCGUUUACAGAUGAUGAAAACACUUCACAGUUCCACGUAGCAGAAGAGCACUCGCCUCCUUGCUUCCGUUUAGCAGACGGCGUCCUCUGCGCAGUGGGGACGCCUGGAAAGAAGCCCUCCUCCGACACGGACACCUUUGCUUGCUUUCUGGGUCUUGAAAAUCUCAGUUCAUUUCAGUUCGGUUUAUGAGUUAGGUUUCACGAUAAGCCUCAAAAAUACGUGUUCUUCUAUUGACUCCUUCCUAAGUUAUUGAGAAAAAUUCCCUUUCAUGGUGAAUGAUGAUAUUUAUGUUGCCUUUAGCUUCCUGAAGACUGAGAAAAUAUAUAAAAAAUUUAAUUUAAAAGCAUACCAAAAGAGGUUUCCCUUAAUAUUAUGAUUUAAUCAUGGUAUUUACUUUUCCACACCAUAACACGUAACAAACACAAUAGCUCCCCUCACUGAACCUUUGGGCUGUGUGGCAGUCCAAGGCCAUGAUCCCUUAGCGUAGCUGCCCAUGCUCUUGGGGCCUGUGGUGGGGCAGACACGUCCCCCCACGUCUGGGCGCUGGGCCCAGGCGGGGAGGAGGCACCUUCAUCACCAGAAUGUCCCACUGAUCGUGAAGACAGGGCUCUAGAAUCCACGUUCACUCCUCGUUCCGUUCAGCAGGCUAGACCAGGGCUGGGUUUACCAGCAUAACGCUGCUUUGCAGAACAAGUCUUGUUUUUAAAAAUCACUUUGAUUUAAAAUGGGUACAAAUGGUCCUGUGCCAUCAUUUCAUUUCCCAUUUUCACUUUGCUGAAAAGAGAGGUGGCAUGGUUUGUGGUGUUCUUUAGGAGCCCGAUUCAGUAGGUGCUUCUGAACGGCACAGCCACGUUGCGCGGGUGAUGCUUGUCGGGGAAAGCCAGUGCGUUUACACGCAUCCCACCUCCGACACCCACAGGCACACAGAGUGGUUUCGACCACGGUCCCCCUUAAAGCAGCCAGGUGUCUGGAUAGUUCCCACGGUACCGCCUUCCUCGCUGGUCAUGGAAAGACCUCAUGUACUUCGUGGCUGCCGUUAAUGGAAGUGGGUUUUGUAAGCCAAGCGUGAAGAGGUGUCUGGGGUAGGCAGGUUGAGUAAUUCAGAAUGGAAAAUCAUUCCUGUUCAGUAGAAGUUGCUGUUUUGGUUACUUAAUAACCUCAAACAGCAGCCACAGUCAGCAGACGCUUUUGUUAACCCCUCUCUCCUCCCAAAGGUUCGUAUUUUUGCCGAAUUAGAGAAAAACUGUUUCCCCACACAUAAACACUUGUUCCUUUAAGAUAAUAGCUCAAACUUGUGAAGGCAGGAAUGAGGAGAAAAGAGCCAUUUUCGAGAGUGCUUCAGGGUCUUGGAGUUUUCGUUGUUAACCUCCUGAAGUUUGCAGAACAAGUCCGGACGUUCCGGGUUUAUUUCUUGGUGAACUGUUGGGUUCCUCCUCCCCUUUUUAUAUACAUUCCCAGCAGGUUACAAGGUGGGCUGGUUUUAACCACAGGUGCCGUUGAUGCCAGCGUGCACCGUGACCCAGACAAGGUCUCCUCGUCCCCAGGGAGCUGCGGUGGGCGCCACUCACACCUCUGUUAAAGUCCAGGUGGUUCUCUGAUGGCGUCCGUGAGGGCUCCGUUCUUCAUGAAGUAUUUCAUGUUAGUGACUAGCUUUUUUUUUUCUUGAAUUUCCUUUGAAAGUUACGUUUGGGCUCAUCGAUGUUCAAUUUUCUUUGCUUUUUUCUUCUGCUUCCUAUCUCAUAUAUGGAAAACAUCGGAAGCAGCUACUAAUGAGACCUAAUUUUAGUUGUGAGAAACGCAUUCAAAUUAAUUCAGUCCAAGCAAUUUUAACAUAAAGCCUUUUUAAAACAUAGAAACAGAUUCUUUGUUCGGAAUUGUUCAAAACUCGCCUAUUUUAGCCCAUCAGCUCCCCGUACUGUUUGAAUUGUUCAAUUACCUAAGCUUGCUAUUCAUCCAAAUCAUUUUUUAGAGUUACUAUACAAGGGUUUAAAGAGUAGAUAUGUGUGAGUAAAUAUUACCUGUCUACCUCAAUAUAUACAUACUGCUGAAGCAUUCUGUCAAACCAUAUAUUAUCAUCACAAUGCAGUUUUAAGUCUCAUGUUAGAAUUUAGGUAUUUUCCCAUGUGGUGAAACUGAGGAAAGCUUAAACAGUAUGAACAUCCAAAUUCAAAGAAAAUCAACUCACGGUUCAGAUUCAGCGUAAUGUCGCUAUAGUAAUCUCAUAAGAUGUAUUUGUAACUUGGUAGUUACCUUCGAAAUCACUUGAAUUUGCUAUGGUGCUAAGCCGAUAAACUCAAAAUACGCAGAGAGAUGUAGAUAAGCUGAAGCCAGUAUUAACAUCUCCGCAGGUCGACGAUCAUCAUUGUAUAAUUCUGCUUUUGUAACUGUGUCAACCUGAUAAAACCUCAGCCACAAAAGUACCUAUUUUUCUAAAAUCCCAUCACGCCAGACGACCGUCACCGCGGGAGGAUUCCCUGGGUGACCUGCCUCUUGUGGUCUCUCUUUGUAGCCUUACUUAGUCGGAAGAAUGGAAGAGAAGCGAACCUUGCCAUCAGAGGGAAGCUUCCGGGUGGGUUCCUUUCAUCUCUGUUAAGCUUUCAUUUAGCGUCAAAAGGCUGACUUUUCCUUUCCUCCAGCACGAAAGCCAGGAUCAGUUAGUGAUCGGACCCUAUCGAGUCUGUUGUUUUGUCUCUUUGUUUAAACAUGGAGUUACUGUGAAGUAGUUUUCACAGCUGUCUAUGCUGGUGAAGCAAAUGCUGUUGGAUUACCCGACGGCAUCGUCUUUGACAGCGCUGGGACCAAUGACCCAGCACACGGUCCCUCUAGAUACAGUUUUCAUGAAAAUAGAAAAUGCAGAUAGAAUAUAUAAUAUUGAAUUUAAGAUUUGGGGGGUUAAAAAAAAAAAAAAAGAAACUUUAUAAGAUUAUUUAUUCUAUUUUAAGCCUUCUAUCAUAUUUUCCAUCCAGUCGUGUGGUUUCUGUGGCCCAGCUUUAUUUACAGGCAUAUAAAAUGAAAUUGUGAGAUGUUUUGCAAGCUUCUUUUUACUUUGAAUAGCUUUUAAUUUGUACAUUUUUGUUUUCUAUGGAUGAAGAGCAUUUUUUUAUGCUUCUGUGCAAUAGGUUCAAACACGCAUUUAUCAGACAAUAUGUUGAAAUUGUAAUGUAGCAUCUAUUCUGCUAAGUUGAAAAGGGAACGUAGGUGGAAUUUCAGAAUAUGUACAUUCAGCUAUUUGGUUUUUCCUUUUUCAUUGUUAACCCUAAGAAUGCUAUU